UUGCUACUUGUUUGUGCUGUAGUUGUGUUGAUCGUUUUUUGGGAAGGGUGUUGCAGGGACUUCCAGAUUGACACCUUGUUUUUAAUCAUCUCUUCUCCUCCCCUUGCCAUUCUCCCAAAAAUGGAUGAGUCAGGGAUUGAUUUGGCAUUUGAUUUAUCAGAAAUCACGGAUUCCUUCAACCUGGAUGCUAUGGAAUGGAAUGACGCAAUCGGGAUAGAGAACACACUGGCUGAUUAUUACCCGUUUUACGAAUUAAAGUCGAAAACAGUACCGGAAAGUCCACCGACAUUUAAAACUGUGACCCCUACAUCCCGUACACAGCUGAAGCUUCAGUUGAUGAGGGAGAAGUGGCAGGAGGAGGAGAGGAGAGAGGCCGAGAAGCAGGCUCAGCAGCAAAGUGCUUCAACAUCUAUUAAAGUUCCAGUCAACAUUCACAGCUUUGGUAUUGACGUACCGCCACAAGUGCUACAGGUUCGCACUGAGUUGGAGAACCCUACUCGUUACCAUGUAAUGCAGAAGCAAAAGAAUCAGGUUCGACAGUUCUUGUGCGAGUCGGGUCAGCAGCCAUUACUAGCAGCCCAGCAGGUUUUGGGUAGUGCUCGUGGUCAGCUUUCUGCAGUACACAGCGCUCCUGUCAAUUCUGCACCAGUGAUACCUGAGCAGCAGCCAAAGCAGAAUAUGACCAGCGUCAGUUCGGAGAAUAUCUUGUCACCAAGUCUAAGCUCAGUUGCUACAAGUGCCUCUGAGGCAGAAGACAUCCUUGAAGACUUCUUGCCUUUUGAUCCCAAUUCAGAUAAGAUCAGAGAUCCAGCGUUGAAUAUCGCACCAGAUGUUCAGCUGGUCUCGGCAAACAGUCUUUACGAAGAGAUUAUUGGCUUGGGCCCUAAAGGUGGAAAUAAAACCAGCAAUUCAUGCCCUCCUGAUUUACCUCAAAUAAAGCCUGAACCAAUUCAACUCAGUGAUGCUGAGCUCCAUGCACUUGCAAAGGAUAGACAGAAGAAGGAUAACCAUAACAUGAUUGAAAGGCGGAGACGUUUCAAUAUAAAUGACAGAAUAAAAGAGCUUGGAACAUUAUUGCCAAAAACAAACGAUCCGUAUUAUGAAAUAGUGCGUGAUGUAAGACCAAAUAAAGGGACAAUACUGAAAUCCUCUGUGGAUUACAUAAAACUUCUGAAAAGUGAAGUUGAAAGAAUGAAGCAAAGUGAACAGAAGCAACGCCAGCUUGAGCUACAAAAUAGAAAACUGCUACUUAGAGUGCAGGAACUGGAACUGUUGGCUAAAUCCCAUGGUUUGCCAAUAACAGAUACUACUUGGCAACCUGUGUCCACACAGUCUGUAAUUGCAACAUACAUUAAAAACAAUCCAUCAACAGAGCCCCUUCGAAAGAUUCCUGAUGUACUUACUGAAGCUGCCACAUUAAGUGCGUCACAGGUUGAAGAUCUGAUGGAGGAUGACCACCCUGUUAAUGGUGAUCCAAUGUUUUCAUCUCCACAGAUCCCAAGUCCUCUGGAUCAUCAUGCUUUGGAUGAUGACUUUGACCACGACCCCAGUGAAAAAUUUGUUGAUGAUGUUGACAUGGUAGCAUGAAUGUGAAUGGUUGCAAUUGCAAAUACAGCAUAUUUACGAAUGAUAGAAACAGCAUAUUUACUCUUGCACUACAGUUGCACUACUAUGAAUGUUUACUGUAGCAGUUAAGAUACAUAAUGGACUGAGUUUUCUAGCCAUCAGAUUGCUGUUACUGCAUAAAAGGGGAUCAUGUGUGCAUUCAGUUGAAGUGCUGUGAAUUUUGAAUGGGAAAGAAAGUUACUGGCUUGGAGAAGACAUUCAUAUGCUUGCACACAAAUGUGUACACAGACUGCUUGAAAUUAUUACUUUUUAUGCAGCAUGAAGAUAUAAGUUUUGUAAAAUGUGCAACUUUAAAUGUUUGUACCUUGGCAUAAUUUGAAUGACUGUGGUAAUAGUCUGCAUGCUACAAGCUUUUAUUAUUUUUGAACUGGGACUUACCUGUGCAUAGUAAUUAUGUUUCAUGGAUAAUCUGUCCCAAGAGAUCAUAUGGGCAGUGUAACUGAAUUAUAAUGUUUCAAAUGCUGUACUGUGACAGGUAACAGUGAACAUAAUUUUACUUGAUUGUAUCAACUUUCAAGUAUUCCAAAAAUUGGCUGUGAUAGAAACGAGUUGUAAUUAGUGUCAAAUGUUAAAAGGCUGGGUACUUUUUGGGAUGGUUUUGAAAUAAACCAGUGUGGAAAGUUCUUAUUUGUAUCUUCUUUCAUGUAACUGAAUGUGAUUAUGUAACCACAUGGAAGGGGAGGGAAAAGGUGCCUUUAAUGUACAUGAUAUUUGUGACUUGAUGAUGCUACAAUUGCAGAUAUCAGGCUAUUGUCUGUGUAGUAAUGCUGUUGUUCUGAUAAAUGUCAGUGCCUGGGAACAAGUUGUACAGGUGGAGCAGUCUUCAGGCUUUGUGGUUUGGGUACAUAGACAGUAGAGAAAUAUUAGUGACAUUGGCAGGAAUAGUGUAUGGCAUUCGUAUUCUGUUCCCAUUUGACAGUUGUGUGUUUCGAUAUUUCCUGCCAGUCUUUUCUUCCAUGCCUUGUUAAGUGUGUAUAACGACAACUCAGCAUUUCAACCAGUGGGUUGAUCUGAGAGUGAUAGAGCAUCCAUUCAUCCACAAAUUGUGUUCUGUAACUCGCUACUUUUGAUUCAGUAUUGUGAGACAGGGAAAUAUUUGUAGAAGUAUUAUUCCUUCACUGUUUUUGGUGUCAGAUGUUCGUACAAUAUCUUCAGUUUUUUCUGUUGUUUUGGGCUGAUAUUUAGUACAGUUUUAAUACAAGUCUGAAGUGCCAAAAUUUUGAGCCUACCAUCUGUGACCUGAGAAACUACAUUGCUUUGGGCCAUGGAAGCCAGUCAUUGUUUGCCUAGAUACAAAAAGUUGUCUCAGAGAAUAUGGAAUGUUCAUUCCUGUAGGCACAUGGUUAGAACUUUCUCUUGAUGAUAUGUGUCCAGAUGUUACAAAGGCAGACUUUUAUAAAGGUAUUUUAAUCCAUAAAUUCUUUCUAUUGAAAGUGAAAAUGCCAACAAUUGACAGUAGAGAUUAACUUUGUGUGUCACAUAAAAGUUCAGUGGCAAGGAAAUACUCUUAAAAUGUCUUCACCCACAUUACAGUGAACUGUGGGAGAAUUAUUUUGCCCCAUGUUUUAUGGAGUAUAGACAAAAGUCAAGACUGCACUUCAUUAAAUUCUCCCUUGAGGAUUCACUAUUUCCAUGGAGUAUCAACUUUUCAAAAGUAGAUUAAACUAGUGAAACAUGUUGGACAAUGACUGAGAAAAGUGCUUUAAAUGUUUUCUGUUUUAUUUCCUGUCUCACUAGGCUUACAUCUCUUGUGGGUGAUGAGAAGGUGAAAAAUCUCUCAUUUUAGUAUCGCUGUACUGAAAUUUCUGCCAGCAGUGCCUAAAGCAAAUCUUGUCUAGGUCUAUAUGUUAAUAUGCAUUGUAUAAACAACAUAAAGAGGGGUUGAUAUAUAUAUCAGUAAUGUGUCUUUGUCCUGAACAAUUUAUAUCAUUUGUUACAUGACAUAACAGUGCAUACAAAAUGUAGAGAAUUCAAACAAAAUUUUUAUUUUAAGAAUAAUUUAAUUUCUGACACGAAUCUCUGCAUUAAUUUUAAUCAAAUGGGCAUCAGUUAUGAUUUUCAGAGGUACUUAGUUUUCUUUAACAUGAAUGAUUUGCUACUUAGUCUAAAGAUCUCUGUACAAAAAGUGUUAUCAUCAUUUUACAGUGCAUAACGCUGUAGAACUGAAUACAUUUAUCUGUGGGAAUAGUGAGGGGAUUAUUGAAAACCAGUAUAUGUUUUAAUUUAUUUUUACAUCUGUUAUCACCAAGCAUAUGGAAAGUCUCAUACGCACCUGUUGAUAAUACCAUUUUCACAUCUUUCUCUUUAUAUUUUACUAUUUCAUUUAUGUACUUAUGGAUAUGCACUUAAAAUCACCGUGUUCAUGUAUUGUGUCGGCUUUUGACAAAUUGGAAAAGUUUGUGAUUUAUAUGUGUUGGGGGGAAGGGGGGGGGGGGAGAUGGGAAUGGUCUCUGUUGGAAAAUUUUAAUAGUGAAUCUACAGUACACACAGACAACAGUGCAUACUAUUGUUUCCUUGUGCUCUUUCAAAGUGUGUUGCCCAUAUUGAUACAACUAAUGUAGAAUUUUUUAAAUAUGAAAUUUUGUGUGUGUUAUUUUUAAAAUUUUAUGUUUAUAAAUUUGUUAUGAAACCUACUGUCCUUAUUAUGAAAGAAUGUAAACACUGCCACAGCCUGUAAUAGCAGUCAGUCAGAAUAUCUUAAUAAUGGAAGAUGUUUGAAAAUAAUUUGUCUUCUUAAUUGUUAUACUCUUGUGUAAUAAUAAUUAUCAUAACAACAAUAAAUGACUAUGUUUUGUAUUGAUGUGAAGGUGUUGUUUCAGCAGGUAUCAUUUGAAAAUUUUCAUCUAUCUGAUAUUUUGCAUUAUACUUUCCUCUUGACAGAGAGUUGUACAUUCCUUCAUAAAUCUC